CACUGUCUAUAAACAAUUGUUUCUACAUCAAUCUCUUUAUCUCUCCCCAUUUGAUCUCUACUGUUGUGUUGAGUUUCACUGGCUCUGUUCACACCGGCAAUGGCAGUGUCUCGUAGCCUUUCCUUUUUCUCUGUCAAGAAUAGGAAAACGAAAACGCCAUGAAUACACCAAAUCUUCCACCAAAUCUCUACUGUUGUGUUACCAGUAGUCUUUAACGGCUAUCUGUUCAUGUCAAGGUGGUUAGUUGUUUGCUGCCUUAAAAACUCUAUAAAUACUCUGCUAUCUAUCUUCCUCUUCCGCAAUUAAUCCACAUCUUGCAAAACCGGGAGAUGUGGGUAUCACGAACGACCGCCGCCGGAGGAGCGGAGGUGUGCAGCUUCGCAGCCCACGUUGUGCGUGGACGGUGGUUCUCUCUUUUCGCCUCUUUCUUGAUCAUGGCUGGGGCUGGAGCAACUUACCUCUUUGGGGUCUACUCCAAGGAGAUAAAAGCUUCGCUUGGAUAUGACCAAACAACCCUCAAUCUCUUGGGUUUUUUCAAGGAUCUCGGCGCCAAUGUUGGCGUCCUCUCCGGCCUGCUUGCCGAGGUAACUCCCACUUGGUUCGUGCUGCUAGUUGGCGCCGCCAUGAAUUUUGGAGGCUAUUUCAUGAUCUGGCUGGCCGUCACCGGCAAGAUUGCCAAGCCAAAGGUUUGGCAGAUGUGUUUGUACAUAUGCCUAGGAGCAAAUUCUCAGAAUUUUGCGAACACUGGAGCUCUUGUUACUUCAGUUAAAAAUUUCCCAGAAAGCAGAGGCGUAAUGCUGGGUCUCUUGAAGGGUUUUACUGGGCUAAGUGGAGCAAUCUUGACCCAAAUUUACCUGGCGGUUUACGGGAAUGAUUCCAAAUCUUUAAUCCUUCUCAUUGGGUGGCUGCCGGCCGCCAUAUCAGUGGUUUUUGUGUACACAAUCAGGGACAUGAAGGUGGUUAGGCAGCCAAAUGAGCUCAAAAUCUUUUACCAGUUUCUCUACGUAUCCAUCUUUUUGGCAUUGUUUCUCAUGGCCAUGACGAUUAGUCAGAAACUGGUGUCUUUCUCCCAAGCAUCUUAUGCUGGGAGUGCCACGGUGGUUUGUGCCAUUCUCUUUGUUCCUCUCUUCAUUGCCAUCAGAGAAGAAUUAGCAAUUUGGAACCAAAGGAAAAAUCCCACUCCCCGCAAUCCGCCAAUUCCAAUUCUUGUGGAUUCAGGUCCAACAUUACAUCCACACCCUCUUCCUCCAGCUGGCCAGCCAAAGUCACCAUCUUGCUUUUCAGACAUCUUCGAUAAACCAGAAAGAGGGGAAGAUUACACAAUCCUUCAAGCACUUCUAAGCACAGACAUGCUGGUUCUGUUUUUGGCAACAUUUUGCGGAUUGGGAUCGAGCCUAACAGCUGUAGAUAACUUGGGCCAGAUUGGGGAGUCACUGGGAUACCCAACAAAGACCAUAAAAACCUUCGUCUCGCUUCUAAGCAUAUGGAACUACUUUGGCAGGAUCUUCUCUGGAUUCGUCUCGGAAAGCCUUCUCGCCAAGUACAAAUUUCCCAGGCCACUUAUGAUGACCCUGGUCCUUUUACUAUCCUGCAUCGGCCACCUGCUCAUCGCCUUUCCGGUCCCCGGUUCAGUCUACAUCGCAUCAGUGAUCAUCGGAUUCUCAUUCGGCGCGCAGUUGCCAUUGAUCUUCGCAAUCAUAUCAGAGCUCUUUGGGCUCAAGUACUACUCCACAUUGUUCAAUUGUGGGCAAUUGGCCAGCCCCCUUGGCUCCUACAUUCUCAAUGUGAAGGUGGCCGGGCCUCUCUAUGACCACAAGGCACUGCAGGAGCUUAGGAAGAAGGGACUGGGUAGAUCAUCGGUGAAGGAACUGACCUGCAUUGGUGUCCACUGUUACAGAUUGGCUUUUGUGAUUUUGGCUGGUGUUACAUUCUUCGGAGCUCUUGCUUCCCUAAUCUUGGUGGCAAGAACUCGAGAAUUCUACAGAGGUGAUAUAUACAAGAAGUUUAGGGAGCAAGCAGAGGCUGUUGAUGGAAAUGAAAAUGAAGGCAGCAGUAAGCAACAAUAUUUGCAAGGAAAGUCAGUAGUCCAUGAGGAGGAGGAGGAGGAGCAAAACCAAAGAAAGUGAAGAAAUUUGCUUCUUUCUUUUUUUUUUUAAUUUUUCUUUCAAGCAUACAUAUAUAUAUAUAUAUGCUUUUGAUUGGCAUGUUAAUUAGUCACUUCACUUGGUGCCUGCUCUUGAAAUCAUAACAGUCAAUAAUAUUUUAAUUAAUUUUACAUUCACCAAUUAAGGAUCAAGACCUUGAGAAUUGCCAGUUGAAAGUCGU